AACUCAUCGUACAGAAACAUUCUGCUGGAGAUGUUCCCUAACAUCAGAGUGUUGGAUGGUGAGACAUUUAUAUUAAUAACAUUCUGCUGGAGAUGUUCCCUAACAUCAGAGUGUUGGAUGGUGAGACAUUUAUAUUAAUAACAUUCUGCUGGAGAUGUUCCCUAACAUCAGAGUGUUGGAUGGUGAGACAUUUAUAUUAAUAACAUUCUGCUGGAGAUGUUCCCUAACAUCAGAGUGUUGGAUGGUGAGACAUUUAUAUUAAUAACAUUCUGCUGGAGAUGUUCCCUAACAUCAGUGUUGGAUGGUGAGACAUUUAUAUUAAUAACAUUCUGCUGGAGAUGUUCCCUAACAUCAGUGUUGGAUGGUGAGACAUUUAUAUUAAUAACAUUCUGCUGGAGAUGUUCCCUAACAUCAGUGUUGGAUGGUGAGACAUUUAUAUUAAUAACAUUCUGCUGGAGAUGUUCCCUAACAUCAGAGUGUUGGAUGGUGAGACAUUUAUAUUAAUAACAUUCUGCUGGAGAUGUUCCCUAACAUCAGUGUUGGAUGGUGAGACAUUUAUAUUAAUAACAUUCUGCUGGAGAUGUUCCCUAACAUCAGAGUGUUGGAUGGUGAGACAUUUAUAUUAAUAACAUUCUGCUGGAGAUGUUCCCUAACAUCAGUGUUGGAUGGUGAGACAUUUAUAUUAAUAACAUUCUGCUGGAGAUGUUCCCUAACAUCAGAGUGUUGGAUGGUGAGACAUUUAUAUUAAUAACAUUCUGCUGGAGAUGUUCCCUAACAUCAGUGUUGGAUGGUGAGACAUUUAUAUUAAUAACAUUCUGCUGGAGAUGUUCCCUAACAUCAGAGUGUUGGAUGGUGAGACAUUUAUAUUAAUAACAUGCUUCAAUAGAGGUUUUAAAGUCCAGUGUUUGUCAAGUUACAAUGAUCUGUCCUGCUCACUGUUGUGUUUUAGGUGAAAGAGUGGUUGGACGUGGGAGCGAUUUAUAUCAAUUAUGCAAAGACAUUGAUGAAACUAUCAAAGGUAUUUCUUACUAGCUUGCAACUAUUUAACAUUUUCAGAACAGAGAAGAACUAGAUUGGACUUUUGAGCAGCCAAAUGUAUUGAAAUGGAGUGACCAUAUGGUCUUUGCUGAAGGUAUAUUUGACAACUGUAAAAUAGUGUUUGACCCAGAAUGUCCUCUUAUGUCCCUGUUCAGAUGGUUUCUAUAGGAAUGGCCAGCUACCAGAGCUGCCUGACUGUAAGCCCUGGGUCGACAACGACUUCUGGGAGAUCAAGAGAUCCAACAACGCCAUUAUAGACGAGGCCUACAAACAAUUCAAUGGUGAGAAUACGUCCAUAAUGUGUUAUUAUAAAUGUUACAUACAUUAACGUUACAUGAAUAUUAAAUAGACUGUACUUAACUGGAACUAAUACAAUAAUGUACGUUUGAAUAGCUUCCCAUCUUCCUAAUGGGUCAUUCCACCUCAAAAAGCACAAGAAAGUGGAUUUCGACACCCACCAUCUCAGAUUGUUCUGAAAUUGUUUCUGUUUUUAGAAACAGAUAAGAUUAGCAUUCCUGCAACAUUCUUUUGUUGAAAUAUUAUUUGAUCUCUGAAAAAUUAAGCUAAUUGAUUGCACCCAAAUUCACCAUUUUAAUUUAUAGGAUUCAUAUAAUAUUCAAUAAAUAUAGUACCUAACAUCAAAUUUGGACCAAACAUUUUUCUAACAAUGAGUUAGAGUAAAAAAAAUGAUAAGUUACAAAAAUGAAAAAAAAAAAAAAAAAAAAAAAAAAUGAUUAAAGAGCAGCAGUAUUGUUUCUUCAUCCAAUGUAAUGUAUUGGGGGGGACAGCACCAUCUAGCAGUCAGAACCUUGUAAUAAUAUGGAGCUGCUGCUUGGAGUAUUGUUUCUUCAUCCUAUGUAAUGUAUUCUCAGUGAAUUUGGUGAUGUUUUUUUUUUCCCCUGUUCAGAGAAAUUAGUCAUUGAAGUUGUUAGGUUUAUGUCCAUUCCUACAUCCUGAUAUUACAAGGUUCUGACUGCUAGAUGGUGCUGUCCCCCUCCCCAUGUUAAAGGGAUAGUUCACCCACAUGACAAAAACACGUUGGUUUCCUCACCCUGUCAGCAGUCUAUGGACAAGGUAUGACAGCAAUCCAUGCUUUGGUUUAGUUGUUUACUGUUUCAAAUGCUAACUUUUUAGCAUUUGUGGCACUAAUCCAAUGCAAGUCAAUGGUACCUACACUGAGCAUACAAAACAUUAUGAACACCUGCUCUUUCCAUGACAGACUGACCAGGUGAAUCCAGGUGAAAGCUAUGAUCCCUUAUUGAUGUCACCUGUUAAAUCCACUUCAUCGGUGUAGAUGAAGGGGAGGAGACAGGUUGAGACAUGGAUUGUGUAUGUGUGCCAUUCAGAGGGUGAAUACUAGGGGUGUGUAGAACAUGGUCCUCUGUAGAACAUGGUCCUCUGUAGAACAUGGUCCUCUGUAGAACAUGGUCCUCUGUAGUAGGGCUGUGCCGACAUGGUCAAUAUCAUAUUCCUAAUUGUAUCCGUAAAUUGACAGUUGAUAGUCGGAUCGGAUGAUACUCUGAAACAUCUUAAGUGUUUUAAUAUGCCUAAGUAGAUGUUCGCAAAAUACCUCCCUGCACGUCCUCACUGCAAAACAGCUGCAGAUUAGGAGCAGCGCGCUGAGGGGUUAGGGGGUGUAGCCUGUGUGUCCUCAACUUGCAGCCAAGUUAGCUGUCACUCACUGGAUUUAACAGGUGACAGCAAUAAGGGAUCAGAGCUUUCACCUGGAUUCACCUGGUCAGUCUAUGUCAUGGAAAGAGCAGGUCUUCUUAAUGUUUUGUAUACUCAGUGUAGGUACCAUUGACUUGCAUUGGAUUUGUGCCACAAAUGCAAAAAAGUUAGCAUUUGAAACAGUACAACUACAAUGACUAAUUUCUCUGAACGGAGGGAAAAAAACAUCACCAAAUUCACUGAGAAUACAUUACAUAGGAUGAAGAAACAAUACUCCAAGCAGCAGCUCCAUACAGUGCCUUGCAAAAGUAUUCAUCCCCCUUGGCAUUUUUUAAAUUUUGUUGCAUUACAACCUGUAAUUUAAAUUGAUUUUUAUUUGGAUUUCAUGUAAUGGACAUACACAAAAUAGUCCAAAUUGGUGAAGUGAAAUUAAAAUAAUAACAAAUUCUAAAAAAUAAAUAACGGAAAAGUGGUGCGUGCAUAUGUAUUCACCCCUUUGCUAUGAAGCCCCUAAAUAAGAUCUGGUGCAACCAAUUACCUUCAGAAGUCACAUAAUUAGUUAAAUAAAGUCCACUUGUGUGCAAUCUAAGUGUCACAUGAUCUGUCACAUGAUCUCAGUAUAUAUACACCUGUUCUGAAAGGCCCCAGAGUCUGCAACACCACUAAGCAAGGGGCACCACCAAGCAAGCGGCACCAUGAAGACCAAGGAGCUUUCCAAACAGGUCAGGGACAAGGUUGUGGAGAAGUACAGAUCAGGGUUGGGUUAUAAAAAAAUAUCUGAAACUUUGAACAUCCCACGGAGCACCAUUAAAUCCAUUAUUAAAAAAUUGAAAGAAUAUGGCACCAGAACAAACCUGCCAAGAGAGGGCCGCCCACCAAAACUCAAGGUCCAAGGAGGGCAUUAAUAAUUUUGGGGGUGGAAAAUUUACCAAGGGGGGUGAAUAAUUUCACAAGCCACUAUACUACUUGUCAGACAUAGAGAACUGAUACUGUAUACUCGUUGUUGGGGUGGUGUUGGAGUGGAAUGUGGGGGGGUCCUUAGGUGGCUUUACUUUGGAUUCCUCAUGUCUAACUCAUUGUAAGAAAAAUAUUUGGUCCAAAUUGGAUGUUAGGUAUGAUAUUUAUUGAAUAUUAUAUGAAUCCUAUAAAUUAAAAUGGCCAAUUUGGGUGCAAUCAAUUAGCUUAAUUUCUCAGAGAUCUAAUUAUAUUCCAACAAAAUAAUGUUGCAGGAAUGCUAAUCUUAUCUGUUUCUAACUACAGAAAUGAUUUCAGAACAAUCUGAUAUGGUGGGUGUCAUGGCUUGCUGAAAUGACACGGAACGACUCUGAUGCCUGAUUUAGGUUUUGACGAUCUUGGAGAAAAUGUAACUAACUAACUAAACAAUCUGAUCAUUCUGGUCUCCCUACAGAUGUGCUUCAUGAAUGCAGACUGCUAAACAACAGAGCAGCACAUGUGAUCUCACAGACAGAGAGAUCUCUGAGCCUCAAGAACCAGCCAAAGCAGUACGCUGUUUAA